GGUAUGGGAGAGGGCCAGGUGCCAUGAAGCUGAUGCUGCAUGUUACCCUUUGGUUGGUGCUACUGCUGGUGUCCAGGCUGGAGGCCACCAGGAAGGGAUCCCUGCAAGAAGCCUUCUUCUAUUAUGGAAUCUUCCCACUUGGCUUCUCCUGGGGUGUGGGCAGUUCUGCCUUCCAGACAGAGGGUGCCUGGGACCAUGAUGGGAAAGAGCCCAGUGUCUGGGACACCUUCACACACAGCGGGAAGGGGAAGGUGUUUGGAGACGAGACAGCAGAUGUGGCUUGUGAUGGCUACUACAAGAUCCAGGAGGAUAUUGUUCUGCUGAGGGAGCUGCACAUGAGCCAUUAUCGAUUCUCCCUGUCUUGGCCCCAGAUCCUACCUACAGGCAUCCGAGCUGACCAGGUGAAUGAGAAAGGAAUCCAGUUCUACAGUGAUUUCAUCGAUGCCCUUCUGAAGAGCAACAUCAUUCCCAUUGUGACCCUGCACCACUGGGAUCUUCCCCAGCUGCUUCAGGUCAAAUACGGUGGGUGGCAGGAUGUGAGCAUGACUACAUACUUCAGUGAAUAUGCCAAUCUGUGCUUCGAGGUCUUUGGGGACCGGGUGAAGCACUGGGUUACCUUCAGUGAUCCUCAGACAAUGGCAGAAAAAGGCUAUGAGACAGGCCACCACGCACCAGGCCUGAAGCUCCAUGGCAUGGGUCUGUACAAGGCUGCACACCACAUCAUUAAGGCCCACGCACAAGCCUGGCAUUCCUACAACCGCACAUGGUAUCACAGGCAGUAAGGUCUGGUGGGGAUUUCAUUAAACUGCAAUUGGGGAGAACCUGUGGAUACCAGUAACCAGGACAUAGAUGCAGCCGAGAGAUACCUACAGUUCUGCCUGGGCUGGUUUGCCAACCCCUUGUGCCACCAGGGAGACCCCCCAAAAUUGCUGCUCUCUCCCAUUUCAGAGCCUCUGCUAAGUCACAUGCAGAUGGUGACGGAGAUCGUGCUACCUACAGUCUGCACCCUCUGUGUACUCAUCGCUGCGGUUCUCCCAAUGCUCCUCCUGCAGGGCCAGAGCUGAGCCAGGA